AUGACUAGUGAAUCAGUGAAAUAUUUCCUGGACAACUUGGAUCGGAUUGGACUACUGAAUUAUGUACCGAGCCGACAGGACAUUCUAUUGGCCAGGAAGGCCACCAAAGGAAUUGUGGAGCAUGAUUUUGUCAUUAAGAAGAUCCCAUUUAAGAUGGUAGAUGUGGGUGGCCAGCGCUCUCAGAGACAGAAAUGGUUUCAGUGCUUUGACGGCAUCACCUCCAUCCUCUUCAUGGUGUCCUCCAGCGAGUAUGACCAGGUGCUGAUGGAAGAUCGCCGCACCAACCGCCUGGUGGAGUCCAUGAACAUCUUUGAGACCAUAGUCAACAACAAGCUCUUUUCCAAUGUGUCCAUAAUCCUCUUCCUCAACAAGAUGGACCUUCUGGUGGAGAAGGUACGCAAAAUCAGCAUUUGCAAACACUUUUCUGACUUCCGGGGAGACCCUCACCGACUGGAGGACGUGCAGACCUAUCUCGUGCAAUGCUUCAACCGCAAACGUCGCAACCGCAGCAAGCCACUUUUCCACCACUUCACCACUGCCAUUGACACUGAGAACAUUCGCUUCGUCUUUCAUGCGGUCAAAGACACAAUUCUUCAGGAGAACCUUAAAGACAUAAUGUUACAGUGACUUUUACAGUAAUUUGAUCUGUUUUGCCAUUGUUUGAGUCCGUUUCCCAUGCUAUUGCAGGAGGAAAUGCCUUCUUGACUUCAUUUGAACCAAUUUUACUUUGACAACUGUGCAGGAGAAACAUGGUGCAAAAUGUACUUUGCAUCGUGUGUUAGCUAAUCAUGUACUCCGAUAUCCAGUCCUUUAUAUUAGAGACAUGGCGAAUGAAAAUGACAUCAAUCUCUCUUUGUCAUCACUCAUUUUACUGUCUUCCUGUGAAACAGGAACUUUGAAGACUCCUUGGAUUGUAGAAAAGCCAAGAACAUUUGAGGGUAUUACAGUUUGUCAGUGCAAAGAAAAUGAAGCAGAUUGAUAAUCAAUCGUUAUCGAGUAUUUUCACCUCUUUCCUCAAGGAUAAACUCAAUGCACAAUAUUACACUGGCUCAUCUCCCAAACAACAUCCUAAAAAUAAAUCGCAAAACUGCACUGAACAUCCUGUUUGAACAAGUAGUUAAUUUCAUGUCACUUGACAGGUUCAUUUUUUUAUGUUUAAUCUAACAUUUAAAUCACAUUUUGCUUUAUCUAUACUUGUAAGUUUAUAGAUGACAUACAAAAUUCUCAUUAACAACUAAGCAGGGUUUUUGUACAUAGUGUGAAUAGGAACUUUUGUACAUGUUAACUGUCUCUUCUGCUUUUAUGUGUCUCUUCACAUUAAGCUACAAGCUUUGACAUAUAGAGAAGGGUCAAAUCACUGGUUAUGCCUAACACCACUAAUAAUGCAUUAAUGGUAUUCUUAAAGUGUCAUUAUUGCACAGCAUAUGUACUUUAUGAGUAUAAAUAUGAUGUUAAUCCUCUUGAAAUGUAUCUAACCUGUGUAACUAAUGACUUUACAAGGAGUCAACCUGAUGUUGUUUGGGGACUGAGUUUUAUUAUCUGGAUCUUGAUGAAUGUCUGCUGUGAACAGCUGUGUGCUUUUGGUUUUAGCUGGAGUUGCGAUCCCGGACGAGCCCCCAAUUUGUUGCGCCCAUGUUGUGAUAUAUUCUUUUGAACUACUUCAUGAACGGGGUGUGAAGUGACUUCCUGGUGAUGUCUGCAAAUGCUAAGAAGAAUUUGUUGUGGGAGGUGGCACAGACUGAUCCAUUUUCCAGAGAUCUGGUUUUGUCAUCAGAGGUAGUCGCUGACUCACAGUAUUCUUGGAGGACGAGUGGUUUCAAUUUCAGUGCAGGUGUCCACUUGUCAGAAUUUUGUUUUGUGUUAAGGGAAAGCUUGAGAUAUGUUAUCAAGUAGUUUUCAAGUUUUAACGAGAGCAUCAAGCCCUUUUGUUGCAUUCUUUCUUGUUUGUGGACUACAAUGAAAACUGACUCAUUUCUUGCAAAACAACAUUGACACUGUUUUUCUGUGCCCUAAAGGUUUUUAAAUUCUGUCCUUCCUCAUAAUCACAGCAGUGUCAUGUUGGCUUACUGAAAGUUGGCAGGAAGAGAU